UUUUAGAACGUCUGAACUGAUUAUAAUUGUGAUGAUUUAAUUUUGAUUGAUUUGUGUUAUAUCAAUCUCAAAUCAAACUUGACUCUGAAAUAGUAUUUGCGGUUUUCUGUCAGACAGAAACUGCUUCUUUUUUAGUUUUCAGUGUGAUGUCAUGGAAUAUUCAAACAUAUGGAAAGUUGGCUAAAUGUUUCUAAAUAUUAGCUAUAACAAGGAUUGAUUGGAUUUUUUGAUGAUAUAAAAGGGAUACGUGGAUGCGACUAAUCAAAACUAUAUACAUGUAUGGAUACGUCAUAAACAGUACAUCGCUGGAUCAACUCACGUUGAUUAUAAUGUAUGAUAUUAAAUGUUUGGAAUAAAUCAAAUGCCAUAGGAUUACAACAUAAAUCUGAUUCAAAUCUCAAAUAUCUGAUUUAAAGUAGAAUAUAUUAGGAACGAUAUUGAAACGGCAUAAACUUUCUGUGGUAUAUAAACAAAUCAAUAAAUAAAAUGGGUCAUAGCUCACGACAUCAUAGUCGAUCCAAAGACAAACAUGUCUCCAGGAAACACCAUAGACACUCUCCACCCCCUAGUGAUAUGGAUUCGUCCAUUCAGUACAACGGUAUGUCAUCACCCCUGCAGCAUUCCUUAAUGCAGCCAACCAUGCAACCUCAUAUGAUGCGAUUGCCAGAUAAAUACGGUCGUCCCCUGGAGCACCAUGACGCUCAGUUUCAACAGGGGUUUGCAGUGGAACGCAAGAAGAAAUCUUGGGGAUGGUGCCCUAUUAUAACAGCCAUUGUGGCGCUGUUCUGUUGCCUCCCUUUAGGGUUCUGCUCCACUAUAUGUGCCAUGCUCAGCUACACUGACUACAAGGUCCAAGACUACUCCAGUCACAAACGUAAACGUUGCUGGUCGAUUUGCUGCUCGGUCUUCGCCAUUCUGUUCUUCAUGUGUGGCGUCGCGGCGAUCAUUCUCCUCGUCUAUUUGUUCCCGAAUGUUUGGAUCGCCAUAUACAGCAGAGUAAUUGCAGCCUUGGUCAGAGGGUGAUAUUCAACCCAGGCAAUGAACAAUUGAUAAACUAGUACUGUAGACAAACAGGGAAAGAAAGACAGUUGUCUUGUUAUUUUGUUCCAAUAUUGUACGAUAUGUGGCAUAUCAUUAUGAUUUUGCUAAGUUAUGUGCAAUGUAUCAUAUUACGGACUGGCAUAUUAAACCAAGAAUUAACACAUAAUAGCAGAAUCACUAAAAGAGAAGAACAGAAUUGUUAGGUUGUUCAUGUAAACUAUUCCACCGUGUAUCGAUUCUGUCAUUGUUCCAGUUUUAUUGCACAAAGGAUCCGUUACCCGAUGUACCUAAAGAUGCCCCCAAAGGUUUCAUUGAAAAAUAACGUGGAAAUAUUUACUUUUUUCUAUUAUGAACAUAGGCCUAUCCAAAAUGAAAUUAGGUCAUUGAUAAAUAAGUUUUUGUAUUUUUGUAGAAGGUUCUGUGUUGCACCUAGUUCAGUAAUGCAUUCAAGGCAGCGUAGAUUCUUAACUAUAAUGGCAAUUUUAAUAUGGCCUCCUUGAUAAAAUUAAAAGAUUUGCCAUGUUGUGUAUCUUCCACACGUAGGACACUCUCUUAUUUCAUGUUUGAAUACACAAUAGUGUCAAUACUUUAUAAAGUUUCAUAUUGCAUAAAAAUGAUUCUGGAAUUCCAUUUUACCCUUUCAAAAA